AUGGCUACGGUGUUCAAGAUCCUUCCUACCACGCAGCAGUACGACUGGGGCAAGAUCGGCCUCUCGUCCAAGGUCGCGCAGUAUGCGGCGGGAUGCAAGCUCCCCGACUUCAGGCUAGAUGAGAGCAGACCAUACGCGGAACUUUGGAUGGGCACGCACCACACCUCCCCGUCGCGCCUCGCGGGCUCUGAGUCCCAGCAGAAGCUGUCAGAGUACCUUGCCGCGCACCCUGAACUCAUCGGUCCGGCGGUCCUGGGACGAUUCAAGGCGGAGGGCGCUGCGGAGGGAAACCUGCCGUUUCUCUACAAGAUCCUUGCGAUCGGGAAGGCACUCAGCAUUCAGACCCAUCCGGACAAGGCAAUGGCAGAGAAGCUGCAUGCGGAGAGGCCAGACGUGUACAAGGACGCCAACCACAAACCUGAGAUGGCGCUCGCGCUCACACCGUUCCAGGCUUUGUGUGGAUUCAGGCCCCUUCCUGAUAUUGCGGCAUUCCUCCGGAGCACACCCGAGUUCGCGGAGCUUAUCCCUCAAGCCAUCCGCGAUAACUUCAUUUCCGUCGCCGAGUCCGCAAACCCCAUCGGGCCCGCAGAGAAGCAGGCGCUGCGGGACAUGUUCUCCGCAGUGAUGACGGCCGAAGCAGACGUGUUCCAGCCUGAGCUUAGGAGACUCGUCGCACGCUAUAAGGGCGGUGAAGUGGACGCGACGGAGGAAACGGUGAAGGAGCUCGUCGUGACGCUCGACAGCCAGUUCCCGGCCGACAUCGGCGUCUUCUGCGCGUUCAUGCUCAACCACAUGACCCUGAAGCCCGGCGAGGCCAUUUUCCUCGCCGCGGGAGAGCCUCACGCCUACGUCUCUGGAGACAUCGUCGAGUGCAUGGCGACGUCCGACAAUGUCAUCCGCGCCGGCCUCACCCCCAAGCUGCGCGACGUCCCGAACCUCGUCGCGGGCCUGACAUACAACGCCGCGCCGCCAAGCAAGCACGUCGUCGCGCCCCGCUCGUUCGCGUCCGCCGCGCGAAGCACACUCUACGAUCCGCCGAUCCCGGAGUUCUCCGUCGUCCGCACAGUCUUGCCCGCGGGCGAGGCGGAGGCGCAUCCGUCCGUAGCAGGCCCGAGCAUCGCCAUCGUCACGGAGGGGACGGGUACGGUAGUGUGGGGCGGACGUGAUGGCAUGAACGUCUCGGAGGGAGAUGUCUUCUUUGUGGGCGCCGGGCAGGAGAUCCGGCUGUCUGCGGGCGGCCAGGGGCAGCUCGUCGUCCACCGCGCGUUCGUAGAGGCCAAGUGA